AUGAAGCCAACUUCCGUGAAGAACGACACAAACUCGCCGCAACAUUCAGGUCCACCCUCGCCUGCCGAUGCCGGCCCCGCAAAACAAAACAAGAAGAGAAAGAAGGUCGGCUCUGCUUGUGUAUACUGCCGCAGAUCCCACAUGAACUGCGAUGAAUCAAGACCGUGCAAGAGAUGCAUCAAGAGAGACAUCGGUCAUUUGUGCCACGACGAUGGCCCAAAACCAAAACCAAAAGAUGGCUCAUUUCUCACCACCAAUGACCCCCACUCCCCAGACGGCUCGAAAAACGAUACCAAAACUGCGUCAUCAGGCGCUCUCGAUAACCAACUGGCUUCAUCCCUGCAGGCAAACUUCUUACCUUCGUCGACAGCUUUGAACCAGCAGCCCUUUUUCUAUUCUGAACACGCAGGUUCGGAGUUUAACUCCUUGACAGAGUUCCUAUCGAUGAUCGACGAUAACGAUAUGAUGGAUACCAUCAGUCUGACAAAUGAUCCCAUGCUACAGAAGCUUGAAGCAACGAACUAUCUUAGUGGCUUUACAAACUCAACAGCAAACCUUCAGAAUAUGAUGAAUCAUCAACUCAACGGCCCAUCCCAGUCACAUCAGUUUCCAAUGGAGGAUGGGAAACUGCAGCAGCAACAGAAACAGCAACAACAACAACAACAACGCAAUCUUCCUUACGAAGCUACAAAUUAUCAAGAUGCUCCUUUCAAAACUCCGAGCCAGCAGCAGGCUCAGCUUUUUUCUCAAAAAUCCCCAACACUUCAAAAGGCUCCUCAAAACACACCGCACAUUUCGGACGCAGCUCGGGAUAAGUUCUUCCUCACUGCAGCGGAUCCGACUACUGAAAUUUCACCCGAGGAGAGGUUGAAGCAAGUCAUUAAUGCAAAACUUGAAGCUGGACUUUUAAAGCCUUACAACUACGCUAAGGGAUACCAAAGACUUCAAACAUAUAUGGACAAGUAUAUGGCAACUUCAAGCAGAGCAAGAAUCUUAAAACCUCUCUCGACUUUUAGACCUGGUUUCAGGGCUAUUGCGAAAACUUUGAAAGAUAUAGAUUUGAUAUUGGUAGAGGAGAGCUUUGAAAGAAUGUUGUUGGACUACGACCGUGUUUUCACAUCUAUGGCAAUCCCUGCUUGUUUGUGGCGAAGGACAGGAGAAAUUUACAGAGGAAACAAGGAGUUUGCCUCUUUAGUUGAUGUCUCUAUUGAAGACUUGAAAAAUGGGAAACUGACAAUCUAUGAGUUGAUGACUGAGGAGAGUAGUGUCAACUUUUGGGAAAAAUACGGUUCAAUUGCUUUUGACAAAACACAAAAAGCUGUUUUAACAAGCUGCAACCUAAGAACCAAGGACGGACGAAAAAAGAAAAACUGUUGUUUCAGUUUCACUAUCAGGAGAGACAGAUAUAAUAUUCCAAGUUGUAUUGUCGGAAAUUUCAUACCUAUCAGGUAG